UGAUCCAAUGUUCUAUCUUGAUGGCUAAUCUUCAUUUCUAAGUACUUAGAGAGGGUCAAUCCAUAUAUAUGGCCAGAGCGUGCCUAAAGAUCAUACAAACCUAGCUAGUAGCCAGCCAGCCCAGAGAACUCUAGAUCGUCACCAAUGGUGGUGAUGGCCCCAAGGACGAGAAAGCUCGUCUGCACCGUGCUACUCCUCCUCACGCUGCUCUGCUUCCAACUCCACUCGGCUCGUGCCCACGGCGGCAUCGACCACGGUGAUGGCGACGAAGACCAAGACCACGAGGGCGCUCCGGCGGUGGACCGGUCGGUGCUCCGGUCCAAGGGCCUCAUCGCCGUGAAGGUGUGGUGCCUGGUAAUCCUGCUGGUGGGCACCUUCCUGGGCGGCGUGUCCCCCUACUUCUACCGCUGGAACGAGGCCUUCCUCCUCCUGGGCACCCAGUUCGCCGCCGGUAUCUUCCUCGGCACCGCGCUCAUGCACUUCCUCGCCGGUUCUACCGCGACCUUCAAUGGCCUCACCAAGAACCCAUACCCAUUCUCCUUCAUGCUUGCCUGCGUCGGGUUCCUCCUCACCAUGCUCAGCGACGUCGCCAUCGUCGCCGUGACCAGGCGCGGCCAGAGGAAGAACCAGGUCGACCAAGAGGGCAUCAAGGAGGAGGGCGUGGACGCGUCGUCGUCGGUGGCGACGGCGGCGCAUGGGCAGCAGCACCCGAUGCUCAUGACGGCCACGUCGUCAUUCGAGGACGCGAUCCUCCUCAUCGUUGCGCUCUGCUUCCACUCCAUCUUCGAGGGGAUCGCCAUAGGCGUCUCAGCAACGAAGGAUGAGGCGUGGAGGAAUUUGUGGACAAUCGGGCUCCACAAGAUCUUUGCGGCGGUGGCCAUGGGCAUUGCGCUCCUGCGGAUGAUCCCCAAGCGCCCUUUCCUCAUGACGAUUGUCUACUCGUUGGCUUUCGCUGUGUCUAGCCCACUAGGUGUCGGCAUUGGCAUCGCCAUCGACGCCACGGCUGAGGGCUUGGCAGCCGAUUGGACAUACGCCAUAUCUAUGGGGAUCGCCACGGGAGUCUUUGUAUAUGUUGCUAUCAAUCACCUCAUGGCCAAGGGGUACCAUCCACAACAGCCAAACUACUUUGACAAGCCCAUCUUCAAGUUCCUUGGUGCACUCUCUGGUGUAGCCGUCAUGGCUGUUGUCAUGAUAUGGGACUGAUCAUCCCUCGGUUAAUUCUCGAGCCUUUCGGUUUUGAUUCUUUGGCAUGCGGGCAUGCAAACAAUGAUGUGAUUUCAUGUUGGCCUUGGUGUGUGGCAAUGUGCAGAUAUGUAUUUAAAUUGCAUAUGGUACAUGUUCGGAUUGAUUGUGUGAAUGUGUAGUCAUGUGGAUGCUAAUCCACUGUUGAGCU